AUGUCUAGACUAGUCAAUGGCGUGAGGUCGUUUUCUACAACAGCCUCUAGCUUACUGGCCGACGCAACCUCAGCUUCACGAUCGGUCACUCAACCUUCAAGUUCUUCUUUCCAGGUCUUUCGCGAUGUCCCUUCCCUCCGCCAAUUGCGCCAUCAAUUGUUGAAAAAUGAACGCACGGUGGGAUUCGUUCCUACCAUGGGAGCACUCCACGAAGGUCACCUUUCCCUGAUCCGAGAAGCCGCCCGCGAGAACACCGACAUCUUUGUUAGCAUCUUCGUCAACCCCACACAAUUCGGCGUCAAUGAGGACCUAUCGAGCUAUCCUCGUACAUGGGAUAGUGACGUGGAGAAGCUGGAGAAGCUCAAUGAUGAACUCGGCCGCACUGGUGCGCCAGGAGCGGGACAAAUAACUGCCAUCUUUGCCCCUACGUCCAAGGUCAUGUAUCCGACUCUACCUCCAUCCUCGGAGAUCGAUGGUCAGGGUUCAUUCGUCACAAUCACACCACUCUCCUCAAAGCUAGAGGGAGGUUCGCGGCCCGUCUUCUUCCGUGGUGUUGCAACCGUCUGCAUGAAGCUCUUCAACGCCACCACCCCCGACCGGGUAUACUUCGGCCAGAAGGAUGUACAGCAAACCGUCAUUAUCAAGCGGAUGGUCCAGGACUUCCUUCUUGAUACAAAAGUUCGCAUUAUCAGUACCUCUCGCGAGGCGGAUGGACUGGCACUAAGCUCUCGCAACGUCUACUUGGGCGACCGAAGACGCGCUGUAGGCCUCACAAUCUACAAGGCUCUCAAGGCUGCUGAGGAUGCGUAUCUGUCAGGCAAGUCUACCCGAGCGGAUAUCCUGGGUGCUGCCCGAAGCAUUACCGAUCGAGUGCUAUCUGAACAGGAGGCACUUUCGCCUUCGGAAAGAGCCCUCUUUGAGGUGGAUUAUAUCUCCCUCGCUGACCCUGAUACUCUCGACGAGCUGGAUCUCGUCGAUUCCGCCAAGGGAGGUGUUCUGAGUGCUGCCCUGAAGAUGGCACCCUUAGAGGAGAACAAGCCCGGUGAGGAUUGCGGAUUGGGAGAGGGUAAGGUCCCGGUGCGACUCAUCGACAACCUGAUCCUCCAACCCCGGGCUUGA